AUGCAUCGAAGUAUGGCUUCGCUUGGAGCAAGCACUCCUUCAAAUACGGAUGAAAUAAUACCGCAGAUAAAGGCACAGGAAUAUACAUACACUCGGUCUACCUUUACUUCUGCGCCCACAAAGAAGGCAGAUUUAAAAAAGACAAAGAUUCCUUUUAUUAUAUCUACCACGAUUCUUCCAAUAAAUGAACAGCCUGUAAAGAGAGUUGAGUCAAUCCCUCGUUGCAAGGACUGCAAGGCAUACUUAAACACAUACAGCGAGGUUAUACCCCCUGGGUACAAGUGGAGGUGCUCCAUAUGCAGAGUUAUAAACGACUCGCCAACACCCUUGCACUCGUAUGGAGGAUCUCUUCGCGUGUUCAGUCCUUCCGAGAAUACAGAGAACAAUAAAAGAGUUAGCACAAACCCAAUUCUCACAGAAAGCAUUUUGGAGUUUGUUUCUCCAUCGGAUAGAAACACACCGCCGCCGGCAUCUUUGGUGUUUGUGGUGGAGUGCACGCCUGAGAGCAUUGAGAAAGGCACAUUUAGCACAGUUCUGCGGCAAGUAAACGAAGCUCUUGAGUACCUAAAUGAUCCGCAUGAAAGAGCGACCAUGUCCAUUGUGCUUGUCUCCUCUGUGGUGGAGCUAGUCAGGCUGAACGAAGACACUCUAGUUGUAGAUACAAUCAGCGAGAUAGAUGGAUCAUUGCCCAUGCUGAUGGAUACGGAGUAUGUAUCGAAGAUAAAGGAUCUGAAGAGUGCACUGCCAGAAAAGAUAGCACAGAUAGAGGCGUACGCUCUGCAGACUGUCAGACAGCCAGGAAACAACUUUGGUCUCUCGCUAAAGCUAGUAAAGGCACUAUUCCACAGAGGGGCUGAAGUGUUUGCCUUUAUGGUAACGCAGCCUUCUUUGAAUCCUGGCGCAAUUACAAAGCCAGCGCCUGGUCUGCGGCCAUGCAUUUCCUUCUAUGAGAACACCGCGCAGUCUUUGCUUGAAUCGAACAUUGCAGUUAAUCUAUACAUACUUACGGCAAAAACAGUUGAAGUUCCUUCUCUUCUUCCGCUGGUAGAAAAGACAGGAGGGUACAUCAGAUACUACCCUGCAUACAUGGGGCACUACUCGCAGGACAUUGAAGCAUUGCGAUGGGACUUGGUGCAACACAUGUCCUUGGACAAUGGGAACAAUGUCUACUGCAGAGUGCGCGCAUCUAACGAGGUAAGUAUCAGGCGGUAUUGGGGCAUGGAUGUGCAAAAUGAUGGGCUUAUACGGCUUGCGCGUCUAAGUCGUGGCAAGACCGUGUCCUUUGAAAUAGACUAUGAUGACGAUUUGGUGCUAGAGGGACUGACUGUACAGAUAGCUACUAUUUAUACAAAUUCAAUUGGAGAAAGAGUUGUGCGGGUUCUGAACUUCAUAAUUGGGCUGGGGCCAACCGCCAUAGAUAUUCUGGGAGUAGUGCAUGGAAUAGCACUAAAGUCCCUGGAUGCUGAGAUUUCUCAGAAAGGCACGGGUGUGAAGACUGCCCUAAGAAUGGCAUGUGAGGCAACAGAGUGCACAGGACUGCAGGGAAACAUGUCUGUCUUCCCCACACUGAUACAUGGACUCAUCAAGAGCAAGGUAUUCAGAAGUGCAUCUUCGGACUUGCGAGGCAUAAUAUACUGGGCUCUGCUUGAACAGCCAAUGAAAACAGUGGAUGCCAUGAUAUAUCCAACACUGGUGCGCCUGGACACAGACGUAGAUGCAUCAGAGACAGAUGAAAUAGUGCUUCCAUCCCCCAUGCGUUUAUCUGGUAACGUGGUUGGGGCUGAUGGAGUGUACUAUCUUGACUGCGGUAUUCUUGCAUAUGUGUUUAUAGGAGGCUCAUCUAAGUCGGAUCUGUUUGAAGGGGUGCAGGGGCGAUCAACCAUUAGUUCGCAGGACAAGAAGUGUGAAAAGAUUCGAACUAUAAUGGACUACAUGAUUGAUGGAAGGGUGUCAGAUCCAGUCACAUACAUUGUCCACCAGGAAGGCCACUCUUUCCUGCUGGAAGGCCUUCAGGCUAUGCUUCUUGAUGACGGGCCGUCACCUGUCUCAGCGGCAUUCCCCGAGUACUAUAAUAGGUUUGUAUCAAAGGGAUACAUAAAGUAG